AUGGAAGAAGCCACAAGCCAAAGUUUGGAGGAAGACUUUAAAGGACAGGCCACACACACAGGACCAAAAGGAGUAAUAAAUGAUUGGAGAAAGUUUAAAUUAGAAAGUGAAGAUGGUGAUUCAAUCCCACCUAGCAAGAAGGAGAUUCUUAGACAAAUGUCGUCUCCUCAGAGUAGAGAUGACAAAGACUCAAAAGAAAGAAUCAGCAGAAAGAUGAGCAUCCAAGAAUAUGAACUAAUUCAUCAAGAUAAAGAAGAUGAAAAUUGCCUUCGCAAAUACCGCAGACAGUGCAUGCAGGAUAUGCAUCAGAAGCUGAGUUUUGGGCCUAGAUAUGGGUUUGUGUAUGAGCUGGAAACUGGGGAGCAGUUCCUGGAAACAAUCGAAAAGGAGCAGAAGAUCACCACAAUUGUUCACAUUUAUGAAGAUGGCAUUAAGGGCUGUGAUGCUCUGAAUGGCAGUUUAGCAUGUCUUGCAGCAGAAUACACUAUGGUUAAGUUUUGUAAAAUAAAAGCUUCUAAUACAGGUGCUGGGGAUCACUUUUCCUCGGAUGUACUCCCCACCCUGCUUGUGUACAAAGGUGGGAAGCUCAUAAGCAAUUUUAUUAGUGUUACUGAACAAUUUGCUAAAGAAUUUUUUGCCAGAGAUGUGGAGUCCUUCCUAAAUGAAUAUGGAUUGCUACCAGAAAGAGAGAUACAGGCCCUAGAGCAGACCCACAUAGAAGAUGAAGAUAUUGAAUAA